AUUGCCACAUGACUGUUUACUGUAAGUCCUGAGCAUGGAUGUAUUGAUGGAGUUGGGGUGAAAGUUUUUGCUCGGUCUGCACCAUGUGUUCUUAUUUGUUAAUGUUUAACUUCUCGAAAGUUGCAUGAAGCAAAACGUUGUGUCGAAACCGUUUCUUCCACAGCAGCAGUACUGCUCACAGCCAACACGUAUUCAGAUUACACUUCACACAUUUCUUAAAUUAUCUUUCUUUUACUUCGAUUAAUUCAAAGAUAGCAGAGCAGGAAUGGCUGCCCUGAGAGCAGCAAAACAAGCUCUGAGGACAGAGAUAAAGCGACGGGUUGCAGCGCUGAGUGACGGCGAGAAACAACGACAGUCCCUGGUCGUUUCACAGAAGCUGUUUAAACACCCAAAGUAUGUGUCCUCUGAGCGGAUCGCAGUGUUUCUCAGCAUGGAUGAUGAAGUACGCACCAAGGAAAUCAUCAAACACGUGUUUAAACUGGGAAAAAGCUGCUUCAUCCCCAGAUAUAAGAGCAACAGCAGUCAUAUGGACAUGUUGAAGCUGAACAGUCUGCAGGACAUAGAGACACUGCCUCUGACGUCCUGGAACAUCAGACAGCCUGCUGAGGACGACAACAGCAGAGAGGAGGCGCUGGCCACAGGAGGUCUCGACCUGAUCUUGAUGCCAGGCCUGGGUUUUGACCAGUUGGGGAAGCGUUUGGGACGAGGCAAAGGUUUCUAUGACACUUACCUGGAGCGCUGCAUCAGACACCCCAAAGGAAAGCCCUACACCAUCGCCUUGGCCUUCAAAGAGCAGCUGUGUCAGGAAAUUCCUGUCGAUGACAACGAUGUGCUCAUUGAUGAAGUCCUGUAUGAGAAUGAUGAGUAGACAGUCAAUCACCAGUGCCGGUCCAUGAACUCAAAACUUGAACUCAAAGCUAUAUUUACACAACAAACUCAGCUAAAGGUUUUAUAUUAAUGUCAUUAAUUCAACUUGUGGUUUUCAUACUAUGACUUGUCAAAAUAUUGUUAUAAUAGCAUCAUACAGGUUAAAGUACUAAUUCAAUGGCUGUAUUGAUAACCUGCUAAAACCUGAUGUUCUGUGCCAGUAUUCUGCUCCUAAUGUCAUGCUGUUGUUUAUAUGGAGGUAAAAAAAAGAAAGGUUUUACUAACUGCUAAAUACUUGAAACAAAGAAUUCAUUUGCAACAAACAUUAACAGACAAUUACAUGAAAAGAAGUGCAAAUAAAGCUUAACAGUUUUUUAAUGUA